UAGGAAUCAUUUGGAUAUUAAUAAGAUCUUUUAACAAGCAAACAAAAGCUUGAUCCUUAUGGUUGCCUAUUGUGUUGAGUAUUGGUGAACAACCCCCAAUGAAGAAUCACUGGCAUGGCCACACGACUGAGCCCUCGAAAUUCGGAAGUAAACGCACUUGAACAGAGGGGCUAUUUGAUCGGCAAGAAAAUCGGACAGGGUUCCUAUGCCACUGUACAUUUGGCCGAAUAUGUCGACGGAACAAGUUCGAAAAAAAUGCGAUUGGCUUGUAAAAUCUUUGACAAGGAAAAAGCACCGCCCGAUUUUCUCGAGAAGUUUUUUCCUAGGGAAUUGGAGAUAUUAACGAAAAUCGAAAAUCCUCAUAUUAUUCAAGUCCAUAGUAUAUUGCAACGUGGACCAAGAGUCUUCAUCUUUAUGCGUUAUGCUGACAACGGUGAUCUAUUGGACUUCGUAACGAGAAAUGGUGUUGUACCCGAACAACAAUCCAAAUUAUGGUUUCGUCAAAUGGCAUCGGGAUUGCAAUAUCUUCAUAGCAAGAAUAUAGCUCAUCGUGAUUUAAAGUGCGAGAAUAUUCUCUUGUCAAGAAAAUUUAACGUUAAAUUGGCUGAUUUUGGAUUUGCAAGAUUUUGCGUAGAUCACGAAGGUAGACGAGUAUUAAGUAGAACUUAUUGCGGAUCUGCCGCUUAUGCUGCGCCUGAAGUUGUUUCCGGUACACCGUAUAAUCCUAAGUUAGCUGAUGUUUGGUCACUCGGUAUUAUUCUCUUUAUCAUGUUGAAUGCGUCGAUGCCUUUCGAUGACUCCAAUUUGAGAAAACUUCUGAAAGAUCAAAUGUCAAGGAAUUGGGUAUUCAGAUCUCGAGUACGAGAAGCUGUUUCAACCUCGGCGAAGAGUAUUGUUAGACAUAUCCUUGAACCGGAUAUCACCCUUAGGCUAACUCUUGAUAGAGUACUUGGUCAUGAAUGGGUACGCACCAAAAAGGAAAAAGUCAAUUCUCUUGCAGGCAGAUUAGUUCAUUCGGCACCACCUAUUCAUCCACAGGUUCGUGUUCUCUCUCUACAUUUUUUAUUAUAUAUAUAAUAUUGUAGGAUAGAAUAGAAAAUACAAAACGUA